AUGAAUGGCGAUGCAACUCAAUCGUCGUCAUAUCAUGGGAUGGGAGCAUUGAUUACACGGUGGCUUGGCGGUGCGGCGCUAUCCGACGCCAAAAAACCAGAUAGUUGCCAGGACAACCCGGUGCCCAUAAAGAAGCCAUUACGUGACAUUCAGAACUCCAUGGUGAGAUUGGAUGAUCAAAAGCAAGGAAAGAAAAAGAGAGGGGGAAAACCAGUAAUUCAGCUAGUCACCAAGGACCCAGUGUUUUCCCCUCCAGAACAUAGUAGCAGUACUGAAACAUACAAAAUUGAAACGCAGGAAAAUGGUCCAACUAGGUUUGACAAGAUGGCAAAACCAGAUACAGAGAAUAAUUCUGGCCAGUCAAAUGAAAUGGCCGUAUCCAUUACUGAUGCACCUGGAUUUCGUCGUUUAAGAAAUCCCACCCGAUAAGCAAAAUUUGUCGUUGGGAAAGAAAACUUUUAGCAGCUGCAAACAUGCCAAUGCUGAAUUGACGAGUGCGGUUAGGUUGUUAAUUUCCUUAUUAACUCCAUAAUAACGUGGUUUCGUUAGAGAUCUCAUGGAAAUUAAAAGGA